UAUGAUUCUGAAAUGGGUAUCUGCAUUGCAUUGUGUUCGAUCAUGACCAAUGUUUAAGCUUUUACAUUUUAUUGAAUUUGUGGGGAGAAAUUGAUACGAGGGCAAUUGUUUGUUUGCUUGAAGAGUUAGAAUUUGGGAACAAGUUUCUUGCUUUGUUCAUAAACCACAGAUGGAGGGUCUAAGUAUGAGUUGGGGGGAUAGGAGUGACGCACUUGAGUUUAACAAUUGGAAGAGCAUGAGAUUGUAGAGCAAUUUUGAGGAAGAUGGCAGCAAAGGGGAAGUCAUCAGCAGAUGUGCAGAGGAAUUUUGAGGGGUUUAUAGCCAUUCUAACAUCUGCAGCAUGUGAAUGGUUUUUGAUAUUUCUUCUGUUAGUUGAUGCAUUGUUAUCUUAUCUGCUGACUAAGUUUGCGAUCUAUUGUGAUCUGCAAAAGCCUUGUAUCUUGUGCUCAAGGUUUGAACAUAUUACUGGCAAGGAAAGCUCUCAACUUUAUGAGGAACUACUUUGCAGCAACCACAUAUCCAAGCUCGGAUCUUGGAUAGCUAGUCAAAGUUAUGGUAAGGAUGAUGGCAAUGAAGAUUACCUCUUUCCUUUCACCACAAGGGACUACUCCAACCAAGAAAUGCAUAUGUUAUCAUAUGGUAAUUCUGUAUCAGAUAUUGAAAGUUCUGGUCUUCGGAGGCGUAUGCUUGGCAGGAGUUGUGUUCAUAGUCCUGGCCAUAGUACUGCUCAUAAUCCUGCUCAUAGUCCUUGUAAUAGUCCUGUUUGCAGUCCUGUGGGUAUAGGGCAAUGGUCUCAUUGCUGGAAUCCUUGGGGUCGUAGAGGUAAUUCUAAAGGACUGAAACUCAAAUCAUCUGGGACAAAACAUCCCAAGCCUAAUAUUCCUUUGCCACGUUUACCAAAUCGUAGCCAUUCAAAUCGAAAGGGGGAUAAUUCAAAGAAGAUCAGGGAUAAGUCUCCGGCAUCAACUACUAGUCAUUGUUCUGCAAAAGUAGGAGUUGAUCACUUGUCUCAUGUAGGAUACAGUGAAUUGAAGUUCUUUUCAGAUACUGAGUCAGAGUUUCUGUUUAAUGAUGGGGAUGAUGUUAGUUAUUUAUCCAGUGCAAGUCAUGAGCCUAAGGUGGAAGGUUCAAAACGUGCUUCACGAUAUCGGCGUAAAGCACCACCAAAUGCUUUGAAGUCAAGAAGGCAUAGAAAUAUAAAUAGGUCCUCAAAACCCAAGCGGUCACUCUCAGAACCCUGGCCUGUGUUUAGGAAUCCCUCUGAUGUAAAAUGUUUGGGUUCUGAUAAUGAAUUUGAGACUAGCCUCCGUGAGCUCAACUAUCAGCAAUCCAACUGGAAGUCCAACCCUUCAGCAUUGCCUGAGCUUAUUUCACUGGAUGACGUCCUUCCAUCACCCAAUGUUCUAGAAAAGGCAAAUAUUAAUGGGAAAGGCGACUCUGGAUUUGCAUCUUUCAAUAGGAAUGUCGAACUUCUGAAAUCUGUUUAUGCAAAAGAUGGAGCAUCUGUUAAAAAUGAUCCCACUCUCUUAAAACCAAACCAUAGUAAUGUAGAUGAUGUGUCUGAGUCAGAGGGAAGUGUUAGGGAAAGGGAUUCAUCUGGUACCACUACAGGAGAUCCUCUUAUAAAACCAAGCCCUGGUCCUGUAAAUGAUGUGUCUAAGUCACAGGGAAGUGUUCAGGAACGAGAGUCAUCGGGUAUCACUACAGAAGCAUGUUUCAGCCCAAAACACAGUAAUGUAAAUGCUAUGUCUGAGUCAGAAGGAAUUAUUAAAGAAAGAGAUUCAUUGGGUAUUACUGGAGAAGCACCUAAAAGCCCAAACCACAGUAAUAUAAAUGCUAUGUCUGAGAAAUUGAAAUUGCUAGCUCAACAGGACUCUUCUGCUCCGGAGAUUAGAAUCUCACCAACGACUGCAAGCUCAGUGGCGGAUAAUUGUUUGGGUGCAAAACAGACAACUGAUGCUUUCAGCUCUAAUGCAAAGUCGAUGCUUCACUCGUCAGCAUCAGUAGAAUCUGGUCUUGAAUCGCUGGAUGGAGGCUAUGUCAGUGAAAUUGAGGGUGAAAGUCUUGUUGAUCAGUUAAAACGACAGAUUGAGUAUGAUAGGAAAUGCAUCAAGGAGUUGUAUAAGGAAUUGGAAGAAGAAAGGAGUGCCGCUGCAAUUGCUGCAAAUCAGGCAAUGGCCAUGAUCACGAAGCUCCAAGAAGAGAAAGCUGCAUUCCAUAUGGAGGCCCUACACUACUUGAGAAUGAUGGAAGAGCAAGCUGAGUUUGACGUAGAGGCACUGGAGAAAGCCAAUGAUCUCCUGGCUGAAAAGGAGAAAGAGAUACAGGACUUGGAAGCUGAGCUAGAAUUCUCUAAGCUGGAAUAUCAAGAUGAGUCAAUGAUGGAGAAUCUAAUUGACAGAACUUCUGAUUUGAUGGGUGGGAGUGACCCUGCGGAGAGUACUGUUAUCCCUUGUGUGAAUAAUGCUAUGCCUGAUGUGAAUAAUGAUCUCCCUGUUCCUUGCAACUCAAUGGCUCCGGAGGUAUCUGGAGGCAGUAAUCAACCUCCUUUUUCUGAAACUACUCUUUUAGAGUUUGAAGAUGAAAAGUUGUACAUUACAAAUUGUCUGAAGAGCUUGGAGAGGAAGCUUUCUGAAAUUUCCUGUAGGGCCUCCAAAAUGACUAAUUGUGAAAAUCAGGCUGAGACUCCUAGAAAAGAGCGAAGUCCUUUGAAUGAUGGACAAAAUCAAGAAGAGACUCCUAGGAAGGAGAGGAGUGUAUUAUAUGGGGAGCUUGAAGAGAAUGUUCUGCAGGGGAAAAAAGAUUUACAUAUGUCUAACGGUACCUUUGAAGAGCAUGGUGAUUUAGAAAGUAAAGAAGCAAUUAAUAGUUCUGAUUCCCGUGGGGAUAUUAUGGAUCCUAGAGAAAUGGAUUUGGAAAUUCUGGAAAAUGAAGUCUCAGACCUAAAUGAUAGGUUGGAGGCACUCGAGACUGAUCAUGACUUUCUUGAGCACAUGCUCUACUCUCUUCAGAAUGGAGCGGAAGGACUACAUUUUGUUCGAGAGAUAGCUCAUCAGCUGCAAGAGUUGCGGAAAAUAGGGAGGGGUUUCAGAUGAUGGUCUGCUCCCUGACUGAUCAAUACAUGCUGAAUUUGAAAUUUAGGGCAGACAUCAAAGCACAUAUGGACCUUGAUCAGGGAGCUGUUGGGUGCGAAAAAUCGUUCCUUCAAUCGCAUAAAAAACACAAAAAUUCCUAAAGAUUUUAUGUACAGGUACCUCUCAAAACUGUUGAAAGGACAAAAGAGUCGAUACUAGGGCAUAGUGUCUCGUCUUAAAAUAUAAUUUUCCCUAAAUUUUUCCACUUGUGGGUCUAUUCUUUGAUUUCUUUCUUUCAUAUUUGUUUGAUUAUAGAGCUGGUAGGUUUUUAAGGCUCAACUCCAUCGACUUCUGAUGGGCAUUGUAAAAGUUUUUCGAAAUAGUUCAGAUUCUUGUUCUCAGG